UUCAUUUCCAGUUUUCAGUUGCGCGACGACUUGCAUUGCGAGCGGACGUGUUGAAACGGUGCGGAAGCGAAGCGAUUGUCAAAACUAAACAGAAAACAUAGCGAACGUCGAGUUAUUUCAGUGUGUUUGUGCGAGUGAGUGCAAGUGUAUGAGUGGCUCGCGAAUAAUUUGCCUGCAGCACCCGAUUCGUCCAAGCAUUUGGGAGCUACUAGUGCCAGCCGUUUACUCCGCGCGCGGUACUUGUAUUCAUUUUAGCGUUUCUGUUGCUUUUUGAUUAAAGGCCUCCCAGCUACAACAACAACAACAGCAACAGCUACAUCAGCUGAAGAAAAAAUACAAAAAGAAGAAAGAGAAAAAGAAAGGAAAGCAAAGCCAAACAAAACAAAGCUGUAACAACAACCGCAACAACAAGCAAGAAGUGUCUGUGUGCCAAGUGCUAGCUUUAAAUUAUUGUUGGUUGCGGCACUUUUUUGGAAAUUAAAUUAUGUUAAGUGCAUAAAUCGUUCGUCGCAUCAGCAGCGGCAGCCGCAGCAACAACAAUAACAACAAAAUAAGCAACAACGACAGCCGAAAAAGUGAAACGCCAAGGUGCAAGCACAAAUUUGUUGCAGUGCCAAGAGCUGAAGAACUAAAUAAGUUGCAAUGUGAAGAGCACUCGUGGGACAAGUGAAAACUGCGCGGUAGCCCAAGGAGAAGUAAAAAACGUGAAGAGCACAAACUCGCUGAGCGCUGUCAGAAAAGUUGCCAAGGAGCCGAGCCAGUAGCUAGCAGGAGUAGCAGCUGCUGUGACGAUUGACAACACAAAAACAAAAGCAGCCACGGCGAGAGUUUGACAAGUGGCACAAGUGGCAGCAGCGCCCAAAAGUACGCAGCGACUUUUUGUUUUGUUUUGCAGCUUACGACAUUUUAUUUUCUCGUCCUGUUGUUGUUGCCCCAAAAGCCAAGAAAGCAGAAGGCGUACAGAGACCACCCACGCAGCCACACAGUCGAUGGCCGCGUAGCUUUUGUAUGCGGCUCGCAUGCCGUGGCAACAACAGCGUCAAUACCAACAACAACAGCAGCAGCAACAACAACAACAACAGUCGGGGCAUUACAGGCACUAUGUGCUGCCCAAAUAGCGCAACGGAAUAGAGCAUCGGCAAGGACAUAGCCAAACACUCGACAGCAGAAAAGAAAGGAGCAGCUGGCAUAGUGCAGCACAUGUGUUUUUGUGAUGCGACAAGGACACUUCAAGUGCCGCCAACACACUUAAGCACAGUCCAACCAGCAGCAGCAGCAGCAGCAGCAGCAACAACAACAUCUACAGUCAGCAGCAGCAACUUCUCUGGCAUUAGCUUAAAACAGACAACAGACAGUCUUCAAUCGCAGCAUGCGCAAACAUAAAGCGCCGCCCGGCGGCCACCCAAUCAGUUCUAAUUCCAAUUCCAGUGCCAGUUCCGUGACAAGGACAAUGCCAACAGUGCACAACGACACCAACGCAGCAGGCACGACAGCAACAGCAACAGCAACAGCAGCAGCAGCAACAGCAACAACAGCCACAUCAACAACAGCAGCAGCAGCACUCGAUAUGGAGCAGCAGCGGAUGUUGCUCGGCCAUGCAGCUGUUGACAGCGCUACGCCAGCAGCAGCAGCAACAGCUGCUGCUACAAGCACAACUAGUCGCCUUGCAACACCAGCGGCCACCUGUCAGCAGCGAUCUGCAACAGUUCGGGCAGCCAACGGCAAGGAACGGCCGCGAUAUACAGUCCAGCUCAUGUCCUUGCUGCACAUCGCCAGCUAUGUGCUGUGUCUGUGUGCGUUCAGCUUUGCGCUCUAUGCGAAUGUGCGACAGACGCGUGUCGAGCAGCGAGUGCAGCGCCUGCAGGAGCUGGACGCACGCAUCGUCGAGCUGGAGCUGCGCCUGGAGCAGCAACAAUUGCUGCACUGGCCCGCAGACCAGCCCCAAUUCAUUUCCAGCGCCCUCAGUAGCAGCAACAGCGACAGCAACAGCAACAGCGAUAAUGGCACAUCUUCGCACCUGGUGUUACAUGUGCGCCGCGAGCUACAUCGUCUGCGUCGCGACGUCUCCCACCUGCAGCUAACGCGACGUCAGCAGCGCCGGCAGGCGGCCGAAGCGGCUGCAGCAGCAGCAGCAGCGAACCUCGGAGGCAGCUCCGCGGCCAAUGGCGAGUGUCAGUGCCAACCAGGUCCACCAGGUCCACCUGGACCGCCUGGCAAGCGAGGGAAGCGCGGCAAGAAGGGCGACCCCGGCGAGAAGGGCGAGGCGGGUCUCAAUGGCAUCAGCGGCGAGAAGGGCGCGGCCGGCAAGCCCGGCGACAAGGGCCAAAAGGGCGACACCGGCCAUCCGGGCGUCGACGUCUUCCAAACGGUGAAGGGCCUCAAGAGAUCGGUGACAACGCUGCAUGGCGGCACCCUUGGCUAUGCGGAAAUUGUAGCUGUUAAGGACUUGCAAGAAGCGGGCGUUAACGUCUCCGCUUCGACGGUUAUACAGCUAAAGGGUGAGCCGGGCGAGCCUGGUCCGCCGGGACCGCCGGGAGAGCCGGGCGUUGCUGGCGUGCCGGGCGAGCGUGGACCACCAGGCGAAACUGGACCGCAGGGAUUACAAGGUGAGGCCGGACAGCCAGGCCCGAUUGGACCGCCCGGUGUGCCCGGCGCACCUGGCAUAAAGGGCGACAAGGGCGAUCGCGGUGAUCGCGGACUCACCACAACCAUCAAGGGUGACGAGUUCCCAACGGGCAUCAUCGAGGGUCCGCCGGGACCGCCCGGACCACCUGGCCCGCCCGGAGAGCGAGGAGAGCCCGGCCAGAUGGGACCCAUCGGACCGGCCGGACCGCCGGGCGAGAAAGGACCACGCGGCAAGCGGGGCAAGCGGCUAUUUGGACCUGGCGGCGCCAAGCUGGAGGACGACUAUGAUGAUCCGCCCGUCACACUGUUGCGUGGCCCACCCGGACCACCGGGCGCCGCGGGCAAGGACGGCCGCGACGGACGUGAUGGCAGCAAGGGUGAACCCGGAGAGCCAGGUGAGCCGGGCUCACUGGGUCCACGUGGCCUGGACGGCCUACCGGGAGAGCCGGGCAUUGAGGGCCCACCUGGUCUGCCCGGCUACCAGGGACCGCCCGGCGAGAAGGGCGAUCGCGGCGAUAUUGGUCCACCUGGUCUGAUGGGACCUCCUGGCCUGCCCGGACCACCAGGCUAUCCAGGCGUCAAGGGCGACAAGGGUGACCGCGGCGAUUCGUACCGCAAAAUGCGACGCAGGCAGGACGACGGAAUGUCCGAUGCCCCACACAUUCCGGCAAUUGAAUAUCUUUACGGACCACCUGGUCCACCCGGUCCCAUGGGCCCGCCCGGACACACUGGACCUCAGGGCGAGCGCGGCUUGGACGGACGCAAGGGUGAUCCUGGCGAGAAGGGACACAAGGGCGAUCAAGGACCCAUGGGCUUACCCGGCCCAAUGGGCAUGCGUGGUGAAUCGGGACCCUCCGGUCCAGCAGGCAAGGCUGGCCUUCCGGUGUGGGGCGACUACUAAUACAACUUACUCAAAAGUGCAGUCUAAAUAUAAAUAACAAACUUAUUGCGCCUACUCUCCAAAUGCGAUACUCACACACCCAAACACACACACAUAAACUCACACACACACUAACACCAGCGCACGGGAGGCGAAAUAAUAAUACGCUGAACUAUAAGGAAGAAAUUAUUUAUGAAAAAAAAAAAAAAAAAAAACCAGAUUUAUAAAUUAUGCAUAGAAAAUGUUAGCUCUCUGACAAACCGCUCCGUUUGAAUGUCAAUCUAUAUAGUCAGUCAUGUAGCUCUGUGUAUAUGUAUGUAUGUACAUACCAACUGCCCAUGUACAUAAAUACAUGUGAAACCCAGCACGAAAUAUCAGCCGCAUGCCAGCUCCAACGACAGGAGAUCGCAUGGAAAACAACUAAAUGAAUGGAAAUGAAUAUAUAUGAAUCAUAUAUGAACAAUACUCAUAUCAAACAUGAAACAUAACAAAGCAGCAGGCCAUACAAAUAUUUAUGUAUACAAAGAGAACAGUUAUUGCUAUAGAGUCAGGCGAUCAAACAUAUUUACAAAUAUCAAUUGAAUUAACCAGGCAAAUUGAGUAUUUAAGUACGUGUAUAUAUAUAUAAAUAUAUACGAGAUGGGGCAAACAUAGAACUCGGCAAUCAACUAAAGCCAACAACCUGCUAACAAAUGUGCAAUGCAAAUAUUUUAAUUGCAUUUCAUUUAAAGCUGAGCUGUUCGCAUUAGCUUGUACACUUAAUACAAAGCCAACAAUAGCAGCAGCAACAGCAGCUGCAGCAGCAGCAGCAGCAACAGCAGCAGCAGCAGCAGCAGCAGUAGCUGCAGCAACUGUUGCAUAAAUCAUACGCACCGUGGCACAUGAAAACAACACAACAUAAACUCUGACUGCAGAUGCAACAGCGUGAUUUAAUCUGCUUGUAGCUCUCUCGAUUGAUCAAUAAAUUUCAUUGUCGAUAUCAAUUUGAAGUGCUGCUCCUGUUGCUCCUGCUGCUGCUGCUGCUGCUGCUGUUGCAUUGUUGUAUUAUCUUAGGUGCCGUCCAGAGGCUUUGUCGUGUAUUCAAUUUAUUGGGUGGCCAAAGCUUCACAGCUUGACAGCAACAGGAAGGGAGGGAAGACAGAAAUCAAUUCAAAUACUCGAACUAUUCAUAAAUUUUGAAUAGAAUAAGUGAAAACUGUAAAAAAAAAGAAAAUCUAUAUAAAUUUUUGAAAUUUGACUCAGUGUUUGCAUAUAGAAUAUCGUGUUUAAAUAUGUGUGUUUUAUGUCUACAAAACAAAGAAAUAUAUGUAUACAUAUAUAUGUGUAUGUGUGUAUUGAACACAAUAACAAAUUAAAACAAAAUAGAAUACAUAUAAAUAAUUGUAAUAUCAUGCGACAACAACAAAGAGCUAUCUUCCAAUUGUGCAUAUUUUCAGUGUUAAAUGUAACUUGAAUACAAAACGCGUUGAAUUAGCUAGGCUAAAACUUAAAUAUACCUACCCUAUAUAUAUAUAAUAAAUAUAUAUAUAUAUAUAUAUAUAAUUGAAAUUGGAAUAUGUGUACACAAUAAAGCAUUUGCAGUGGCAUCGGCCGGGCCGGUGAACGACAAAGCGGCCUCAGAAUGUUAACCCAAACCCGAAUACUAUCCCAUUGAAUGCAGUUUCGAGUGCAUUCAGCCAUUGAGAAUAUUAUUAACAAUUAACUUAUCUCAUAUAUCCUAUUGGUUUCAUUGAACAUCUCAAAUAAAUUAAUGCAAAUCUACCUUUCAAUCUCUGCACAUCACAAAAACACUAAAAUGAAACGAAAAAAUAAAAAAAAAAAUAAAUGAAAAACAAUUUACAUUUUAUAAAUAAUAUACGAGCAUGCGAUAUCAGCUAAAAAACUACAGUCAAUGAA